AUGACCGUGCCCAAGUUUAACGUCCUUCUUACGUUGCUUAGAGAAAGACUGCAACGUUUUUCCAGAAGAAAACCAGUGGACGAGGAGACACUUUUGAGUAUUACAUUGACAUACUUAUCUCAAGGCUGUAGUCCACAAUUUUUGGCAUGGGCUCAUAAGUUAGGCGUUUCCACCAUAAGAAAAAUCAUUUAUGAAACCUGCGAUGCUAUUUGGAAUGAGCUGCAGUCAGAAUUCGUUGCCCAACCAAAUCGAACAGAAUGGAAGAACAUUGCGGAGCGGUUUUAUAUAAAAAAUGGAAUGCCGCAUUGUCUCCGCGCUGUCGAUGGCAAACACAUCAACAUAGUUUGUCCAAAACGCAGUGGAUCUCUUUAUUACAACUACAAGAAGACAUUCAGUAUUGUACUAAUGGCUUUUUGUGAUGAUAACUACACUUUCGUCUUUGUUGAUGUUGGAGCAUUGGGAAGCCAAAGCGAUGGUGGAGUUUUCGCGCGCAGUACUUUUGGCAACAUGAUAUUAAGAAACAGCCUUGAGCUUCCUCCAGAUGACUACCUUCCUGGUACAAAUACGAUAUUUCCUUAUUAUUUUGUGGGAGACAACGCAUUUCCUCUAAAGAAAAACUUAAUGCGCCCAUACCCAGGUCGGAAUUUGUCUCCAAUAAAACAAAAUUUCAACAAAGAGCUUUCAUCUGCUAGAGUUCACAUUGAAAACGCAUUUGGUAUCCUAGCAAACAGAUGGAGAAUACUUCACAACACUAUUCACGCAUCACCAACAGAUGUAGAUAAAAUUGUGCUAGCAACAGUAGUUUUGCAUAAUUUUUUAAUGCUAGACAGAAACAGCGGUUAUUUCAAUGAGAAUUUUGUAGAUCACAUUGAAGAUGGUACUUUUACUCCAGGAACAUGGAGGCAAUCAGGUUCUAAAAUAAGAUCCAUACGCGUUUCCCAGGCAAAUCGCUCGUCAGCAGAAGCUUUUGCAUCGAGAGAAGAACUGACAGAACACAUUUUUAAUAAUUAUUAA